AUGCCAAGGAGGGGGGCCAAUAAAGUCAGUUCUAGUAAUGAGAACACCGAGGCCGUUGGUGAGUUUGUCAGGACCUUAGGGGCCAUGACACAGAUGAUGAAGGAGGCAAUGCAAGCCCCGUCUACCCCCACCCCAGAUCUAAAUGACUGCAGCUUGAUCGAGAAGUUUAGGAGGCCGGCUCCUCCGACUUUCUUGGGGCUUGGGGAAGUAGAGAAAGCUUAUCGAUGGAGAAGGCAGAUAGAGAAGAUCUUCGAGGUAUUACAAUGUACAGAAGAACAAAAGGUCAGACUGGGGACCUUUAUGUUAGAGGGAGAUGCAGAGCACUGGUUGGGCUUAGUGAAGAAGUCUUGGGAGGAAGCAACGACGGAAGAAAAUUGGGGAAACUUUCUUGAAGCCUUCAACGGGAAGUAUUUUCCUGAUUCUUUUCAGGAAAGAAAAGAAGUAGAAUUCAUCAAGCUGCAACAUGGAAAUCUAACUGUGGAACAAUAUGCAGCCAUGUUUGUUUAG